GAACUGACUGAGAAACUUUCGUUGCUCUUGUGUGUCCUCAGCAGCUGCAUUCCUGGACUGUCGUACUCCCAAAAAUUCAUUUCUAACAAGAGAACACAUUAAAGACCGUCUGUCAUAGGGCAUUGCAGUUUGUUUUUAUUUGGCGGGAAUUAUUUUGCUUCGUUAAGGGAAAGGACAGAGCCUGUGCGAUUUGACCUGCAUAACGCAAUUUUCGCAAAUGAUUUAGGAUAAUUUCAGCAGAUACGGCGCAAGGAUCUCGGUAGUGCGCGACUGUGCGCAAAGAUGAGCUGCACAAACUCUCACAAAGCAAAGGCAAAGAGGCAGCAGCAAGUGUAACGGAAUCUUUUAGCGAAUGGAAAACAACUUUCAGAGGAAAUCGGAAAAGAGAGGAAAAAAAAGUCCGUUUCCCUGUGUGUGUGUGUGUGUGUGUGAAAGAAAGUUUGAUGCAGAAGUGGGAGCCCCGGAGAGGAGGAGGCUGAAGAUCAGAUUACAUUCUUCCACUCUUCUCCUCACACAUCACUUCCCCGCUGCAUGUUUUUGUUGGGGAAAGAAGUGAGCUGUUCCCACUGAAACCCUCCCCCAAACAAGUUGCUUGCAUGUGUUGUGCAGGACGGGGCUUUGUGUGGGUGGGAGCUUAGGGAGAUUGGGCCUUUGUUGGCUGCAGGCACUUCUACUGGGGGAAAGAUUUGGGAUUUGUAUGGCUGCGUGAGGAGAGCGCAGAAAGUAAAAUGGAGGAGAGCUUCGUGCAGUGUUCUAGAGGGUUGGGAAAGGAGCCAUCCCAGUGAGACGUCGGAUAUUUGCUGGAAAGAAAAUGCUGCCUUGAGGCAUAUGGUAAUUUACUGCUGUAUGGAAGGCUUUCCUAGAGGUUUGCUGUAGUUUCAUCCCCCCUCACUUCUCAAGAUGUCUUCCAUGGUGCCUUGGAUCUGUUGGAUAGGAGGCUUUGGCUUUUUACUCUUCAUUUGUACUUCAGGAGGAGUUCAGAUUAAUGAGACCUUUUACAUGGAUAAGUGCAAGAAGACCACCACUUGUGAGCCCCUCAAAUACAACAUUUGCCUGGGAUCUGUGCUCCCCUAUGCAUUGACUUCCACUGUCCUGGCUGAAGAUUCCAGCUCCCAGGAUGAGGUUCAUGACAAACUCUCGCUUUGGUCUGGAUUACGGAAUGCUCCACGUUGUUGGGAUGCCAUCAGGCCUCUCCUAUGUGCUGUCUAUAUGCCAAAGUGUGAAGGGGGCAAGGUAGAGCUUCCCAGCCAGGGCCUGUGCCAGACAACGCGGGUCCCAUGUGCAAUCGUAGCACGAGAGAGAGGUUGGCCUGAUUUCCUGAAGUGCACAACUGACUAUUUCCCUGAGGGCUGCCCGGCCACCUUCCUUGUAGACUGGAAGAAUUCCAACCGUUACCCAGCUGUCAUCCUGUUUUACGUAAAUGCCUGCUUCUUUGCAGGCAGCAUAGGUUGGCUUGCACAAUUCAUGGAUGGUGCCCGUGAUGAAAUAGUUUGUCGAGGGGAUGGUACCAUGAGGCUAGGGGAGCCCACAUCGAACGAGACCCUUUCAUGUGUAAUUAUCUUUAUAAUUGUGUAUUAUGCCAUGAUGUCGGGUGUUAUCUGGUUCGUCAUGUUGACUUAUGCCUGGCACACAUCUUUUAAGGCCCUGGGCACCACACAUCAGCCCUUAUCUGGAAAGACUUCCUAUUUUCACCUGAUCACCUGGUCUAUUCCUUUUGUCCUCACUGUUGCAAUACUUGCAGUGGCUCAGGUUGAUGGGGAUUCUGUGAGUGGCAUCUGCUUUGUUGGAUACAAGAAUUAUCACUACAGAGCAGGUUUUGUUCUGGCUCCUAUCGGACUUGUACUAAUUGUGGGAGGUUAUUUUUUAAUCAGAGGUGUAAUGACAUUAUUUUCGAUCAAGAGCAACCACCCGGGCCUUCUCAGUGAAAAAGCGGCCAGCAAAAUAAAUGAAACUAUGUUGCGGCUGGGAAUAUUUGGAUUUUUGGCCUUUGGCUUUGUGCUAAUCACAUUUGGCUGCCAUUUUUAUGACUUCUUCAACCAAGCUGAGUGGGAACGGAGUUUUCGGGAAUAUGUUCUAUGUGAAGCCAAUGUAACUAUUGCAGAGGAGACCAAUAAGCCUAUCCCAGAAUGUGAGAUCAAGAAUAGACCAAGCCUUCUAGUGGAGAAGAUCAACCUAUUUGCCAUGUUUGGAACUGGCAUAUCAAUGAGCACCUGGGUCUGGACAAAGGCUACCAUUGUCAUCUGGAAACGAGCAUGGUGCCGGAUUCUAGGGAGAAGUGAUGAUGAACCAAAGAGGAUCAAGAAGAGUAAAAUGAUUGCCAAGGCUUUCUCCAAGCGGAAGGAGCUACUGAAUAACCCUGAGAAGGAACUGUCCUUCAGUCUACACACUGUGUCGCAUGAAGGACCAGUUGCUGGGUUGAAUUUUGACAUGAAUGAGCCAUCAGCUGACAUGUCAUCGGCAUGGGCACAGCAUGUCACCAAAAUGGUGGCUAGAAGAGGAGCCAUUUUACCUCAAGAUGUCUCCGUAACACCUGUAGCAACUCCAGUUCCACCAGAAGAAAGGGAGCAGUGGUUUAUCGAAGGUGAUAUGCCCCAGGGGAUGGUUAAGAAAAUGUCCAAGAAAAAAAGAAGGCGAAGGAAAAAAGAAAUCCAGCCCCUGGAGGAAAAAACUGUCAUGGAGCACUUUCACAGUAGGGCUAACACAGCAGUACCUCGUCUUCCCAAGCUGCCUCUCAAGACUGGAUUGGUCACAAGAUCAAAAGAACCUCAAAAAAUAGAUGAAACCCUUCCAGGGUCUUAUAGAGAAUGCAGGAGAUUGCCCAAUAUAGAGGAUAAAUUAUAUCCUGUAGAAAGUGUGAACAACAACCUAGGAUACACAAAAUACCCACAGUCCAACAUGACGUCCCAUCCUUUCGCUGCAGACAAGACGCCGCUUACAGAUCAAAGUAGGGUCACAUAUGUCCCUGUGCCAAAACAUGAUGGAGUUUUUCAGUAUUCCAAUGGCAACUCAUAUUCUAAUCAUAUGGAUCUAACUUCAUAUAGAGGUAGAACUCAGCCUAGAUGGACAGGAAUCCCACCAAUGCAUUCUAGAGCAAACCUUAUGGAUGCAGAGCUAAUGGAUACAGAUUCUGAUUUUUAAUGCAGGUUUACCUGUCCUGCUACACACCUGACUCCGUUUAAGACUCGUAGAAGCAGAACUGUGAAUUUCCUGAUGCAACAGGAAAGCACUGAGAGACCCAAAUGUGUGGUUGUUUAUUUUCUCCAGAAAUCCUGGUGUCUAAAAUUGAGUGUUGCUUGAACAACACAUUUUACUCAUUUAUACAGGAAUUGGAGUGAAGAGCUGGAAUAAACUAAAGGAACUCUCCAUCCUGCCUUAAGAGCUGGAGAGCUGGUGACAGUUUAACAUUUUCUCUGCUUUGACAUUCAUAUAAGAUAAACAUAUAGGUUUCUUAUUUGCAGAGAAGUUAAUGGCAAGCUCCUAAUAAGACAGGUGUUACUAUACCUUAAACAAAGCUGAUGCUUGGUUGUAUAAAAUAAUUGAGAAGAGGCAUUGUGUAUAUAGUGAACAAAGUAACCCUCUUGUAAAAUGUAAGGAUAUUAUAAGUUACUGAGGAGUUCCAUGACCAUAUAAAAACACAAGGCUAAGUGUUUUUAUACAGGUCAUGGAACUUCAAUGUGACUUUUAAUAUCCUCAUGUUUUGCUACAGGGGUUUUUUUAUUCAUUAUAAUAAUAUAAUAACACAAGUUUCGGUGAGUAAUGAGUCAGAAAUGACAUUACUAUGGUCAGAUUAUAACUGAUGACAUCACUAAGCACUGUUUAUACGGAUAUAAUUUACCAUGUAAAUCCAUGGCUCUUUUAUAUUCUAUAACAUUUAGAGAAUUUACAUGCCAUAUGUUCUGCAAACAGAAGUGACCUUAAGAAACUCUCCUUUGCCUGUUCAGCUUAAUGCAGAGAUAUAAUACAGUGGUCUUUUAUGUGUGCAAUUUUCAGGGCAUUCUUUACAAACUGUUUUGGGGUUGGAUCUACCUUUGUGUAUGGAUCCAUCUAAAUCUGUCAUUUUGGUGCCUUAUUGGAAUAUGUUUAAUCAAAUAUGGUGGAUUACUCAUACUCUACAGAGCUCAGUAUUAUGCAUAAAAACAUUUGUUUACAUGGGAAAAAUUUGGAGUUCAAAUGCAGUGUAAGAGGACAAAUACACAUUUAAAGUCUGUUGCAAAACUGUACACAUUGGUCUUACUGAAACUGAGCUGAAUAACAUUUUUUUUUGUUAGAGAAAUGCACUGACUUGAGUGCAUUUGUCUGUAAUUUAAGACUCAAGGCACAUGGGAUACAUAUUCUACGCUGGUAUUUUUUAGACAGCAGAAAAGUGCCUGAAGGAGAGCCACGGAGAACUGUCAGUAGUAUUAAUGGAGACUGCCUGCCAAAAGUGAUUGCAGAUGGAUUUCAACCGAGAAAACACACAUCUGUGUGUGUCAUACUACCAUCUGAUUCUAGCACAAGGCAUUGGGAUAUACAGCAUAAGACUGGAUGAACAUGAAAACAAAAUAAAAAACAAUUAAAGAAGAUAGCUCACAAUAUAGUAUCAGUGUAAAAUGUACUUGUUUUAUGGGAAGCUUCUAUGGCCAACAGUUUUUUUUCUUGAAAUAGAAUCUUUGUACAGGGAGGUUGUAUUUUUGCAUUUAAAAUGUAUUUUCACUCGCAAAAGGUAUAUUAUGUUUUGUUUCCUGACUGAGGAAAACAACUAUAUAUGAAUUAAGAUGUGUGCACAAGGUUGUUGCUUGUAAAGCCAAAUAAGUACUCUAUUGUGAGAUUUGCCCAGUACAUUGUUUAAUUGUAACAGACCAAUGUUUACAUUUAUCACGUAAAGCAGGCGGUAACCCUUGUGAAUAUAUACAAAUAUAAACACAGCGAGGUCUGUUUGUGCAGUAUUACCUGUUUACUGAACAGUUAUUGGAAACAAAAUCAGAAGCAAAUUCUGCAUAUAAUUAUGGUACAUUAAAUAUUGUAGUUGAUAUAUGUAGUGAAGGCACAUUAAAAGUUAGUUUGGAAUGUUUUUAUUAUUGUGCAUAAGCUCUUGGCCCUAUGCAUUCUUAGCUCUAGUGUAGCUUGCCAAGUUUUUAGCAAUGCUAGGGGGCUUGCUAAGGUCAAUACACUUUUGUCAUUUUUCAUGCCCUUCUAGAUCUAUUUGUUUGUGUUGAGUCCCACAUGUUCGUAUACACUGGUCACCCAGCUACAUGGUAUUAGAGAAUGGUCAUGAGAGAAUGGUCAUGAGAGAAACUGUAUACAAGUAUAAAACUGAGAUCUCCCUUUAAAGUUUUGUACAUAGUGACCUAUAAAUAUUGGGAGCACUGAUAGAUUCAGGGGACUUUAAAGGGUCAGUGGAUAUAGUCACUUUGGGAAGCAAGAGCGUUUGUAAUCAAUUUUUGUGUGUGUAAGUUGAAAGUGGGCAACCUUGGUGUUAAUAAAGAAAAUUAUGAAGAUAUCUGAUACCAUACGAAAACCAAAUAUAUCCAUUGUGAUGUUGGUGUGAGAAUAAGUCGGGUCAUUGUGUGCUGCCUAAGAAAACAAUAUAUAACUAACCCAUUGAAGGCACACAAGUAGAACGAAUACCCCACAAUGGUAGUUAUUAGUUGUUAAGAUGUUAUUGGCCUUUUCCCCUUUAAAAGAGAACAAAAAACACACCCUGAGUUUUAAACAAAUCACCCCCCGAAGAGGUCCUCCUGCCCCACACAUGAACCAAAUCAGUCCUGGCCCUGAAUAGUUCUUGAGACUAGCAAUGGAGCUGAAAACUGCCAGCUUUGCAAGCAAGAGUUUUGCCUCAGAUGGCAGUGGACCACAUUUUACCAGGGGUGACGGAAAGUCACUGCGAUUGACUUUUAAGAGGCAAAAUUUGGGUUCUUUAAACAGAAGUUUCUUUCUUCUAGAGCAGAGAGCUAACAUGCACUCUCUCGACUAGCAAUACAACCCCUCUGACUUGCUCCAAGGUAUGUUUUGUGAGUGUGUGGGGGCAGCAUUGGAAAGACCGCCUUAGGCUGGGGCCCAGAGUCACCCCUGAAUCCUUGGCCACAUCAGGUUUUGUUUCUGGAACUUGCACAGCGAUCACCAGCCAGUAGUAUGAUCAGUGAAAGCUGGUCCUCUCUUCCACUGCUCAUCAUUUGUGGUGGGUAUUUUUUUUUUUUGUUCUUUAAAGGGCAUAUAAAGUUAAAGAUUAAAUUAAAUUUGCUCAACAUCUUGAAUGCAGUGAAAUCGCAAUCUACCCUUCAUUUUAAAAUUUAAAUUAAUCUUGAAAAAUGUGAAAACAAAUAAUAGUUUGAAUUUUUAUAUUCAAGUGUUGUUUUGCGUUUCAUACAUCUUAUAUAUUCAAUGUUCCCUUUUCUCUGUAAUAAUAAAACAGUUCCUUGUACUUGAUGGCCACAUGAAUCCAUACUGGUGAUAAAACAAUGCUAUUAGGUUUAUUUAAUGUUGAAAUGUGUUUAGCAGACUAUGGAGAUACAAAUAAUGGAAAGAAAAACUGCACAUCCCAAGCAUUCAUAAUAAUAUACCUGUAUAUAUUAUAAUUAUUUUUUAUUAUAUAUUAUACCUGGACCUUGAAACACAUGGCAGAGGCAUCUUUCUUUGGUAAACAUUGUAAGCAAAAUUAAUUUCUAUAAUUUUGCAUUUUUUUUUACAUGGUAUAGAAACUUAUUUGAAAUACUUUGUGUAAAUUAUCAAACAAUUUGAAUGCUCUAAAUGAAAAGUAUCAGAUGUAUUGUACUUGUAAGUAUAAGCUGGAUUAUUAUACAUGUAAAUAAAGCACACAACAUUU